AUGCUAAAAAAUGAUGGACUGGCUGGGAUUAGCAGAGUCAAAGCAAAUUUGCAUAGUAGUGUCAAGAAAGGGACAAUAACACACGAGAACUUUGAGAAGACCUUCUCUCUUCUCACUGGUGUUCUUGACUACGAGCAAUUUAGGGAUGUGGACAUGGUCAUUGAGGCUGUUAUCGAAAAAGUUGACUUGAAGCAACAAAUUUUUGCUGAUCUUGAAAAAUAUUGUCCUUCGCAUUGCAUUCUCGCUACCAACACCUCAACCAUUGAUUUAAACCUGAUCGGUAAAAGGACGAAAUCACAGAACAGAAUUGUGGGUGCACAUUUUUUUAGCCCAGCGCAUAUAAUGCCGCUUCUAGAGAUAGUGCGCACGAAUAACACAUCUGCUCAAGUUGUUGUGGACCUAAUAGCUGUAGGGAUAAAGAUACGCAAAACACCCGCUUCCAUGGCAGGUGAAAGUUCUCGCAAGGGGUUCUAUUUGUAUGACGACAGGCGAAAGGCUACUCCUGACCCCGAUAUACACAGCUAUAUAGAGAGAUCAAGACAAAUAGCUGGUGUUAAGGCUGAUCCCCAGCUUACGAAGCUAUCCGACAAGGACAUAGUGGAGAUGAUAUUCCUUCCAGUAGUCAACGAAGCUUGCUGUGUCCUCGAUGAAGGAAUUGCAGUGAAAGCAUCAGAUCUGGACAUCGCUUCCAUUAUGGGAAUGGGCUUCCCUUCCUUCAGGGGUGGCAUUAUGUUUUGGGCUGACUCUCUGGGUGCCAAAUACAUAAACACAAGGCUGGAAGAAUGGUCCAAGACCUAUGGAAAUUUUUUCAAGCCAAGUUCCUAUCUUGCUGAAAGGGGAGCGAAAGGAAUUCCUCUGAGUGCUCCAGUUAAUCAGGCCAGUUCGAAGUUAUAAUCUCUCAUCAUCUGUCGAGUGAAGCUGUUGUCAUUUGGAACAGAACUGUAAAAUUAUGUGCUGAAGGUAUAGUUCAUGUAUGGACUCAAAAGGCUUUAUGGCUUCAGUGUUGCUAACGUAGCAUAUAAAUUAUUAAUAAAGGAGAUCAAUACUGCUUGUGUUUCUUAAAGAUUAU